CAGAUCGAAGAAAUCAGUUAAGGCUUGUGUAGUUUGAUCAAUCAAUGGCGAUCUACAGAAUAGCUGUAGGGUCUCCGGGAGAAGCGAGUCAACCAGAUGCCAUUAGAGCAGCCUUCGCGGAGUUCUUCUCCAUGCUCAUCUUCGUUUUCGCUGGCCAAGGUUCUGGCUUAGCUUACGGCAAGCUGAGGAAGGAUGGAUCUGCAACAGCAGAAGGUUUGAUAGUAGCAGCAUUAGCUCAUGCAUUUGGAUUGUUCGUGGCGGUUUCAGUAGGAGCAAAUAUUUCUGGAGGCCAUGUGAAUCCUGCUGUCACGUUCGGUGCUUUCUUAGGAGGAAACAUCACUCUUUUGAGAAGCAUCUUAUAUUGGUUGGCUCAGUUGCUCGGUUCUGCUGUUGCUUGCAUGCUUCUUAAGUUCGCUACUGGUGGACUGGAAACAUCAGCAUUUACCCUAUCUUCAGGAGUUUCAGUGUGGAACGCUCUAAUGAUGGAGAUAGUGAUGACAUUUGGGUUGGUAUAUACAGUGUACGCCACUGCAGUGGAUCCAAAGAAAGGGAACGUUGGUGUGGUUGCUCCUAUUGCCAUCGGUUUUAUCGUCGGAGCCAACAUCUUGGUCGGUGGCGCCUUCGACGGAGCCUCCAUGAACCCGGCAGUGAGCUUCGGCCCAGCCCUGGUUAGCUGGUCAUGGACCCAUCACUGGAUCUAUUGGCUCGGCCCCUUCACUGGUGCAGCCAUUGCAGCCAUUGUGUAUGAUAAUAUCUUCAUUGGUGAUGAUGGUCAUGAACAAAUUUCUAACAGUGACUUCUAG